GAAAUUGGAACCAUAUUCGUUAAAAGCAUCGGGGAGAGCUCAGGUUUUUUGUUCCCUUGAACUUUUGUUUUCAAAAGUCAAAACAAACGUUAACGCCAAAGAGUGACUAAGGCCAACAUCUGCGCCCUACUGAAACGAAAGGCUGACAGUGUAGAGUCUUAGGCAAAGUCGGAAUUGACAUAUAUCCAGAAGCUCGAUCGAUCUGAAAUGGGUCUUCUCAGCAUUAUUCGAAAAAUUAAAAGGAAUGAGAAAGAAAUACGUAUACUCAUAGUCGGGCUUGACAAUUUGGGAAAAACUACGAUUGUGCUGAGGAUUAAUGGGGAGGACACCAGCGUCAUCAGUCCCACCCUCGGCUUCAACAUCAAGACUCUCACUUACCAGAAGUAUACACUUAACAUAUGGGAUGUGGGGGGUCAAAAAACAAUACGAUCUUAUCGGAGAAACUAUUUUGAACAAACUGAUGGUCUCGUAUGGGUAGUUGACAGUUCUGAUCUUAGAAGAUUAGAUGACUGCAAAAUGGAGCUUGAUAAUCUUUUGAGGGAAGAGAGGCUAUCAGGAUCGUCCUUACUGAUACUAGCAAAUAAGCAGGACAUAAAAGGUGCCCUUACUCCACAAGAAAUUGCCAAGGUUUUGAACUUGGAGGCUAUGGAUAAAACUCGGCACUGGAAUAUUGUUGGCUGCAGUGCAUACACUGGUGAGGGGCUGCUUCAGGGAUUUGAUUGGUUGGUCCAAGACAUUGCCUCUCGGAUCUAUGUGCUUGACUAAUGCCUGUUUUCAGUAAUUCUACAUUUGUUAGUGUGUUGAGUGACUUGAGUCAUUUUCUCAGUAAACACUAGACAAUCAUCGAAGUAUAUAUGCAGUAAACUGGAGUUUCCAGUUUGUGUUAAAGUAAUUGGGUGUUUAUGUGUGUGUGUCUGUCUUUACACAUAAUGAGUCAUCGUUUCAGGAAUGGCUCAAAUGUGAGACUCGUAUCAUUUUGAAGUUCAAAAUCUGAAAACUAAUCAACAUGUAUUGUUUUCUCAGCAUUCUACCUCAUUCGCAUG